AUGGCGGAGUUGAUCUUCUCAAAGGUUUUAUCUACCACUGACACAAAGAAUAGAUUGGUUUUGCCAAUGGAAGCCUUUCAUCAUUUCUUCCCUGAAGAAGAACAUGUUAAAUGUGUUCAAUUUAUGGUGAUGGACUCAGACCAAAAGCAAUACGAGUUUCGUUUGGCCACUCGAAACAAAGGUAAACAUCCAAAGCGCGCGAUAACUGGUGAUUGGAUUAAUUUUGUUGCCAAUAAAGGUCUUAAAGUUCGGGAUAAAGUCAUUCUUUAUCAGCAGCAAGAUGAAGCUGGUCGAGUGAAGUACACAAUUGAAGUGAAGAAAGGGAUCAUAAUAUUUGGGAAAUAUUUGGAUGGCGUGGAUCAGGUGUCUGGGAACCCUCCUACCUGCAGUGGUGGAUGUUCCCCUUCCUUUCCAGUCUAUCAGCUUCCACACUUGUCUCACAUUGUUGUUGGUUCAUCUUUGUUGUAUACAGGAAAGAGCAAUAGAGAAGAACAAUCCCACACAGGCAUGGCAAUCUGA